AUGGCUGAUUCCGACAGCUUAGAUCGUGGGAAGAAGAGAUCCGCUGAGGACAUCUCAGGCCCAGGAGUCGUGUUUCGGCUCCUCAUUCCCGCCAUCAAGAUGGGCCCCAUUAUCGGCAACAAGGGUGCCAACAUAAAGAGCAUUCGCGACGACUCAGGAGCGCGGAUCAAGAUUACAAAUUCGGCCGUGCGGCUGGAGGAGCGAGUGGCGAUCGUGUCGUCGCGCGAUCCCCCGGGCACGGUGCCGACAUGCGCUGAGACGGCCUUCUUUCGCCUUUACCCCUUCGCGCUCACUCCGCACAAGGACACGGGCGACGAGGUGGUGCUGAGCAUGCUGGUGCCGGACUCGCAGGCGGGCGUGGUGCUGGGCAAGGGCGGCGCCAGCAUCAAGGAGAUGCGCGAGGCCUCGGGCGCGCACAUCCGCAUGGACCCCUACCGAGGCGCGUACGCGCUGCCGCACGACCGCCUCUUGCAGAUAACAGGCAGCGAGGAGCAGGUGGAGAGAGCAGUCAAGGAAUUGGCGAACAAGCUCAGGGAGCACACGCCAAAGGAGAGUCUGCAGGAGCUGGAGGGCACAGCGGGGCCAACAAGGCAGAUUCCCAUGGUGGCAUAUGACGCCAUCACACAGCUGCCCACCGCCAUGCUCGCCGCCCACCCCUCCACUGCGCACAUGCCCUCCUGGACCCUGCCUCAAGUUGUUGUGCCCGUGCAUGAUCCCUACGCAAAGCGGCGCAGGACACAGGACGAGCCGCCAGUGGUGCCGAUAGGUGCGUCGCAGGACGAGGCUAAGGUGCGGGCGGAGGUGCGCAUCAGCAGCGGAUCCAUCGGGGCAGUGCUGGGCCACGGCGGGCACACCAUCAAGAACAUCCGCAACAUCUCUGGCGCCAUUGUCCGCGUCGCCAAGUUGAAGGCAGGAGACACAAGUGACCGGCUUAUUGAAAUCCAGGGCACGCAAGCACAGGUAUCCGCAGCACAGCAGUUGAUUCAGGCUUGCCUCGUCAGCACCAAUUAA